GAUAGAAAUUAUAACAUGUUGGAAAUAAGCCAGUUGGGGGAGAAACUUAAUGAUGCAGAAAAAGGAGGGAGAACUGGGAUGAAGGGAAGAGGAGGUACAGAUUGUACUUAAGCAGCAACAUUCUCAUCAGCUAGAGGCCUCAGAAUAAAGAUGCAUUUCCAGUGCAAUAUGAUGUCCAUUCUUCCUGGAGGUUGACUAAGCCAGUGCUUUUAAACUGGCUGAACAGGAGAAUCACUAGGGAAAAGCGAGGGUGUGUUUACUUUAGACACUAUUAUUAUUGUCACAAAUAAGUGGCUGUAAAUUGCAUUUUGUUACUAACAAUCCAAUGAUGGUACAGAAAUAAUCACUCAUUCAUUCAACAACCACUUACUCGUCUACCAUGUGCCAGUUCUCAGUGUUAUUCUAGGUACUGGGGAUAUAGCACUGAGCAUCACAGUCAUAUCUAAAACAUUUUUAUUGGUUGCAUUAUUUAAAAAUCUAUGUGUAUUUAUUUACAACAAAAAAAUAUGUUGGGGAUUUUUUUGUGGUUUUGGUCACAAAAUUUCUUUAAAUCAUCUCUUUACGCUUUGUAAAAACCCUUGUAUCACUAAGAUUGAUAGGUUUUAUUAUCAAUGGUGUCCCUGAAGCUUCUUUUAGAGUAGGUAUUUGGGGCACUUUCUCCAUUAUCUUAUUUGCUGGAUUUUACCCCAAGAGCCUUUUCAAGUCUAUUUAAGUAAUCUUGGAAUGUGGUCACUUUUAGAUAAAUUAAUAGGAUAUCCCAACUGCUUUUUAAGAACUGCUCUUAAUUUCUGUUAGUCUUUUAAAUGUUACUUAAAGGUAGUUAUAUUCUCUCACGAAAUCAACUUGAGAUCACUAAACUAUUUAAUUUCUCUCCCUUCAGUUUAUACAGUAAAAGGAGUUCUACACAGGAAAGGAAGGAGUAUAGAAUUGCCAAGACUUCUUUUCGCCAAAUUUAGACACCUGAAUUUUCUACCUUUCACUAAAGAACACAUUCCACCUUGCUGAACCUUUUAAAAGGUCAACAGCCACUUUGACAGCGUUUGUUUCAGGCUUUUCUGUGGCCUUCUUUUCAAGGUUCGUUUCUCUGAUUUCCUAGUAGUGUACUUAUUUCAUGGGAAACAUUUCUUUCAGAGAAGCACAAAGCCUCUUCUAAACCCUUCCUCAUUCAUGUUAGAGUCUGUUAGCUAGAUUUCCCACUAGUUUAAAAUUUUAUUUUAGUUUUAGAUUUCCCAUGAGCUGUUAUACUUUAAUUUAGAAUAUAUACAUAUUCCAAAAUAUACUUGGAGUAUGGGAGGUGGGGAGAGAGAGAGGGAAAGGAAGGGAGAGGGAGAGGGAGAGAGGGACACAGAGGAGAAAAUGGGACAAGGAGAGAGAGGGUGAGAAAGAAAGGGAAAGGGGAAUAAAGAAGGAGAGGGAGAUUUGUUUUGUAACUUCUAUGUUAGCUUUGCUUCUUUGGAGUUUACCUUUUUUUUUUUUUUUUUUUUUUUUUUUUUUGAGACAGAGUCUCACUCUGUUUCCCAGGCUAGACAAGACUCCGUCUUGAAAGAAAGAAAAAAAGAAACAAGAUUUUCAUAAGAGCAGCAGAUGAAAAUUGCCAAAAUUUACACAUUUUUGUCCAAGAGUUAAGUAUGAACAGAUUAAGAGAAGUACAAAGUUUAGAGAAAUUAAAAAACCUUUUAGGAAAACUGUAUACUGGACUCUAACAUGAAUGAAGAGUUUCAAAACUUAUUUUAGAUGAAGGUUUUCGCUGUCUAAAAAGAUUUGGCAGAAUUGCCAAAUCUUUUAUGGCAUAUUGCCAUAAAAGCAGAGAAUCCAACUUUGACGAUAAGGUCACUGAAAAGACUUAAAACAACUUUCAUGGGUAAGUUACAUAACUUCUCUGCCUCAGUUUACUCUUACAUACAUGUGACAAUAAUGCACUUAGUGGUGACACAGCAUGCAAUCACUAUUAGCUAUUCUGAUGUCUUCUCCUCUGUGGUAAGUCAGGCAACGAGUAAUAACACUUGUGUUUCCCUUACCCUCAAUUAUGAGAAGAUAUUCUAAGACCUCCAGAAAGCUUUUUGGUAUUAGAAGCUGCUCUGAAGAAUUGGGUAGAAGAGGAGACUGGCUCUAAUCUUUGAGCAAACAAGGUGUAGACAGCUCUGGGCCAAACUUAAGGGCUCCACCAUGAAGGAAAGAGUGCUUCUGACAGUUACUUUGGAACUUGAGUAUGUUUUUCUCUUAGAAGAGUAGUGGCAAAAUAACUGAGAGUUACGCAACGAAAUGCCGUAGGUGCCCAGUGGUGCUCACACCCUGAUGCCGAUCUCACACCAGGGAAGCCUUUGAAUGCUGAGGGUUAGUAACACCUUCCACUACAUUCCAGAGUAGGAGAAUGCUGGCCACACUUGCGAAAGCUGCAGUACAAAUUUAAAACAACCAACAAAAACAAAAGCCAAAAUCACUUUUCUUUAGGAAUGAGGUCAGCGCUCUUUUGCACACUCGUUUGUGGGGAGUUAAAUAUUUGAUGAAGAAAAGGCAGCCUGCCCGGAGGCAAAGCUAGAGAUUUCGGCCAGUGGGCAUAUCUUUCCAAACCCUUGCUACUCCUCUCCAUUAUUUUCUGCGACACAACCCCACUCCACCCCUUGCUGCCUUUCUCUAACUACUUUCUCAAGGCCGUGCCUUUGGGGAAGUGGUUACAAAUAAAUGGUGUUUGCGCCAAAAGCGAAACCGAAGGAAGCUGUCAGGACAUUGUGAGAGGCACUACACAACGACAACAAACACUGCCAGCGACUGCUGAGCCCCACCCCCGCGCCAGCCUCAGCCCAGAGAAUGCAGGCCCGGGGCUGGCUCGCUGCGGGCCAAACACGGACGCAGCUCGCGCCGGGGGCAUCCCGAGCAGAGGCAUCCCUCGGUGCCAGGCAGCCGCGGGCCCUCUCCGGGCAUCUCCCACCCGGAAUGCUGGGCCAGUGCCCAAUAGGAAGCCCCGAGGGGGAACUUUCGCCACUCUGCUGCCACAUAAACAAGUCGGGCUCAAGACCGUCCAAUGACUGGGCAGGGCGGCGAAACACACUUUGAAGUCCUGGCAGCUUCCCGGACUCGACUGAGUUUAACACUCCAGGAGGAGAGGAACCCAGGGAGGAUGCUUCACUCGCCCUCGCUUGGCCAGCCCCUUCACCCAGGGCCGAGGAUGUUACAAAUACGGGCAAAUUCUCGCUCCGGCAAUCUUUUCCCUGCUGCCUUCCCCUCCUCAUCUGCAGCCUGGAAGCAAGUUCAGCAAAAGGCUGAGGCGAAAGUGUUUCCGCGCCCCCAAUUGCGCAGGCUCGGUCCACAGGGGCUACUUUCCGGGGGGCGUGGGCUGCAGCGGCCCAACUGCGCGGCGCUCCGGCAUCGCGCCCGGGCUCAAGUUUCUGGGUCUUGGAGGCCCCUCCAAUGCGUCCUAGCCACUCGCCGCAAAGAGUUAACCAAGCGGGGCCGGCCCCGCUCCGCCGCCCCCAGCAGCGCGUCUCCACCGCGCACCCCCGGCCCCGCGUUCACUGCUAUCCGCCCGAACCGCAGCUCUGUCCCGCCCCAGAGCCAGCCAGCCUCCCUCCCGCCCCGCCGACUUGGCUUCCUGCGCGCUCCUCACCGCACUCCUCCGGGCCCCGCGAUCCUCCAGCACUUCCUCAGCUGGAAAGGGCUUCACGGAGGACCCUCUGCCCCCGCCGCUCUCCCCGCUUUCCUCCCCGCACCCCCCAGGAGGUGCCAGUACCGAUGCCCUGGAUGAAGACGAAGCCGGUGACCAUGAGCACCGGGUGCCAGUUAAACUCUAGUGCGCUCCCGUCCCAGCCAAGCCCUUCUCGGUAGUGGAGGACCCAGACGAGGGUGAAGAUCACCGACAGGAAGCCGACGAGCAGUGCCGACCCCAGCAGCGCCAGGAAGCGCCAGUAGCCCUCCAUGGCCAUCAGCGCCCCAUACUCCGCACCGCGGGGGCCACAAGAACUUGGAGAGGCGGCGGCAGCCCUCUGGGUAGU